ACCCUAACCCAUGUUUGACAAUGGGCAAUGUUGAACCAGAGGAAUGUUCUGGGCUGCUCUCUGCAAGAUCUUCAGACCAGUCAUCCCUAGGGCUAAUCAAACUAGACUCAGUUGCUGGCUUGUCAGGCUGUCUGCUGGAGGAUGACUCGCUGCCCUCGACACGACCAGCACUCUCUCCUGUGAAGGAGACUGAGCCACGCACCUCUGCCGCGGCUCCUGGGCGGCCCAGUUACGGCAUGCUCAGCUUUGAAGAGGCCGUCUCCGAAAAUGGACUGGACAACACGGGCUACGAUGACGCUUUGGAUGCCACAUUCAGCGAGGGAGAGUGUACAGAUGGGUCUGAGGCGGAGGACGAGGCUGAUGCUGACGGCGGUAUAGACUCGCGCUACCUGCGCAGCGCUGCUCUGGAUUCUGCCAGCCCCGCUGACAGGUAA